CAUCUCACGACACCGCCCCUUUCCGACGUAUUGCGCUCGCAUGUCACGUGACCGCCCUCGGUGAAAGCAGCAUGGCGUGUGUGAGCGCGGAGCUCCUCCACAAACUCUACUUUAUUUGCACUUAGUUCGUCUUUAUAUUCAAUCCAUCAAAAGGGGCCGUGAACGUAUUGAAAGCUGGAAUAUCGCUCGCAGCAUGGACGAAGGGAAUAAACUCCAGUUCCCGUCCCUGCCCGCCGCCAAAGAAGAGCAGCUGGACUGGGCAUAUCCAAUGAGAAGAGAGAUGCAGGAAAUCCUCCCAGGCUUGUUUCUUGGACCCUAUUCUGCUGCUAUGAAGAGUAAGCUCUCAAUGCUGGAGAAGCAGGGCAUAACUCACAUCGUGUGUGUCAGACAAGACAUCGAGGCCAACUUUAUAAAGCCAAACUUUCCCCAUAAAUUUAGGUACCUUGUUUUAGAUAUAGCAGAUAACCCUGUGGAAAAUAUAAUUAGAUAUUUCCCAAUGACUAAAGAAUUUAUUGAUGGAUGUUUAGAGACGGGGGGAAAGGUACUUGUUCAUGGAAAUGCAGGGAUAUCAAGAAGCGCUGCCUUAGUUAUUGCCUACCUAAUGGAGACAUUUGGUGUAAAAUACAGAGAUGCCUUUAGUCAUGUACAGGAGAGACGUUUUUGUAUUAAUCCCAAUGUUGGCUUUGUUCAUCAGCUACAGGAAUAUGAAGCAAUAUAUCUUGCAAAGCUAACCAUCAAGAUGAUGUCACCCAUUCAGUUGGGCAGGUCUUUCUCCAUCCAAGCUGGGAUGCCAGCCCUGAUGACUUUGAGGCUUUUAGUAGACCACAGCUACUGAAAGAGCUUACAGUUGCGGAUGGAUAUAAGCGUAUGCUUUAACCAAAUGCCGCGCCUGUCGUGGAGCCUGACGAGGGCGGCCCAUAACACAUCUCGAUUGAGACAGACUGCCUCAGAGCUUGCCUGCGCUGUGAUGCACGAGAUAUCUGUGAUCGCAUAAACAGUAACAUCUUCUCAGCAUGUUUAACUGUGUGUAAUGCAUUCAGGUCACAUAUCAGAUGAUUUUUACACGUCAAACAUACAACAGUAGUUUGAAUAGCCACAUGUUUUUGAUGUUUUCAUCCUCACUAAUUUUGUGCUCUGGCUCAUAUUGAUCGUGUUUUAAAAGGAACCCCGCAGAUAUUAAGACUUGAAUGCAUUACUAGAUUAAUGUUGCACCAAAACAUACAGAUAAAAAGUAUCAAAGGCAUCAGGGCUAAAGUGGAGAGAACAAAGACGCAGUUAGGAAGUUUUAUUCGUCCACAUUCUGUACAACUUCCCAUUCUUUUCUGCUCUUAUCAGUAGUAAAGCAGUAAAGACUUGCAUCGCUUCUCUUGUGGCUCAUCGACUGAAAAUUACAACCAAAAGCUGCACAAUGUGGCAUCGUAUAUAUUACAGUGGUUCCCAAACCUGUCCUGGAGGACCCCUGGCCCUGCACAUUUUGUAUGUCUCCCUAUUUCUGACACACCCAUUUUUUUUUUCUUGCUGUCUCUACUAAUGAGCACAUGAGUUGAAUUAGGUGUGAUAUAUGAGGGAGACAUACAAAAUGUGCAGGGCUGGGGGUCCUCCAGGACCACUGGUAUAUUAUAUUCCGAGUUGUGUUGCGGUAAAAAUAGCAACAGGGUAGCGUCAGUAGCUCACUAAGUGCAACCAUGUAAAGUCAUCGACAAACGCACUGUGCACCUAAACAAAAUGGUGCCCCCCCAUUGUCCAAAUAUGUCAUGGAUUUUUUUUAAAAAACGUAAAUCUUUCAUGGGUUUUCUACUACAUAUUUCAAUAAAAGACAUAAUUUACGUUAUAUUAAGCCAUACAAGUAUUAACACCAGGGGUUCCCUUUAAAGCUAAUCUUUUAAUAAUUUAAUAACUGUUAAAUCUUAAGCAAUCCGCAAAAUUAAUAUUUGUUUUUCAUACAUAUUUCAUUCAUUCAACCGAUUUGUUCAAAUGACUCAUUCAUUCAGGAAGGAAGCAAAUGACCUUCUUUAUUGAAUGGGUCAUUUAAUCAUUAAUUAAACUGAUUCGUUCAAAACGCGGAUUCAGUCAGUAUAACAAAAACAUUUCUGUCUGUUGCAUGGCACUCUUGCUCGUGUGAUAUUAUACAUCAUAUCAUAUGAUAUAAGUUAAUGACAAACUCGUCGGGGCAAAAAUGCCCAUGUAUCUUGAAUUUUGAGGGCAUAUAACUGCAUGCAUAGCUACAUCAUCCUGAGUAAGACUAGUAAAGAAAACGCAGUACUUAUUAAAAGAAUCAGUCUUUAUUUAAAUACAUGAACACAAAAAAUAGUUGCUAAUAUAGCCUAACAUUUCCCAUUCCAUGACUAGUAAAAUAAUCGCAAUUUACUCUCUGUAAAAUGGCGUAAUCCGCUGGGUAAAAAGGUUGGUGGUGUUGCCACCCUUCAGCACUGAUGUAGCCAGGCAAAUUCUGCAGAGUGUUUUCUUUGAAGCUGAAAAACUCCCAUACUGUCGAGCUUACUUUUUUCGAGUGUGGACAGAGCCUCUCACUCUCCCGUUCGGACGACAUGGUUCUUCUUGGAAUAGCUGAGCGUGCUGCGUCGUCUUCUUGUUUGACAGGUGUCAGUGUUUGCAAUACUGCCACCUGAGAGGUCAACCAGGUACUGGCGCUGGAGUAUUUACGUGUCAUUAUAUCAUAAGAGUCCUAUUCAUUUUAAAUAUUGUGGUUAUCGCCAAUACCGGUAUAUUGUCACACCCUAAAUUAACACAAUGUCGAUAUUUCAUGCUUUGAACAUCACGAUUAUCGUCAAUACCGGUAUAUUGCAACACCCCUACUGUACAUUAUAAUGUUCCGAUGCCUAAAUUCACUAGUAGCACUUACUGACGAUUGAUUUUAGUUCAUAGUGAACUAAACUUUUUUUUUUUUUUUUUUUCGAUGAAAUAGUGCAGAAUUUUAUAGCUUGUUUUCUUAUUGUGUAUUUCCAAUUUUUUGCAUUCUAAGUCUGCUUUUGUUGUUGGCUUUAUUUGUUAGUUACAUUGGAUGAAAACAUUUGCUAAAUGAAAAUCUUUUGUGAUGAUGAUAAAUUAUUGGGUUGAUUGUACUAGAGACCAAUUUCGUGUUUGCAAACAGCGAUUAUGUUUUUUGUGGGCGGAGCCUACCUGGUUGCAGAAAAUGACAGUUCUGCAGUAGCAGUCUAUGGAAGUCACGGAAUAAAAAGUUAAUUUCGAGUUUAUAUCUCACAAGUCUGACUUUUUUUCUCGCAAAUCCGAGUUUAUAUCUCACAAUUCUUAGAAGGAAAAACUAAAUUGUGAGAGAUACUCGUUUCUGUUUUCCUCAGAAUUGCAAGUUUAUAUCCCACAAUUGUAACUUAUUUUCCCCUCAGAAUUAUGAUAUAAACUCACAAUUGCGAGUUAUAUAGUCUGAACUGGGAGAUAUAAACAUGCAAAUGCAAGAAAAAAAGUCAGAAUUGUGAAAUAAAAAUGUUAUAGGCUGUUAUGUUUAAAAGUUGUUAAUGUAAAAUGUUAUAGGUUUAAAUAUUAUUUCAUGCUGUAACUACUAUGUCCUCUGUUUACAUCAAAUUCAUGCUUUAAUAGUAGACUAAUCAUUGCAGGUUUUAUCAGUCCAGUCUGUGACUUGCAACAUACAUGUCUGUGUUUAGCUUCAAAUGGCAUUUUCAAUGAUGGUAGUCUAUAAAAAUGAAGUCUAUUUUUUGCAUUCUGAUUGACAUCCAAAGGCACAACAAAGAAUGUUCUCUUAUUCUGUGGAUUUUGCACAUUUUCCUCCACUUUUCUGCCACCGCUAUGCGCGCACAGCUGCAAGUGACAUAUCUGUGAUGUCUGUUCCGAAUUGGUCUCUAAGACUGAGAUCUGUAAUUUGUAGAGGUGUGGAUCUUUACUUGCCUCACAAUUCUAUUUGAUUGAUUCAGAGGGUAACGAUUCGAUUAUAAAACAAUUCUCGAUGCAUCACAAUGAAUCUUGUCCUCUGAUUAUUUUAUUAAUAAUAAUAAUAUUCACAAUAAUUCUUUUUGUUAUUUCAUCUUUAUUAAAAAUAAGAACAAAGAUAGAAAUAACAAACAGUUGAACAAAAUACAAUAUAAGAAACAAAUGAAAUUAACAAUGCUUUACUUUUUUCAUUUUACGUCUAUUUAACAAGCAUUCAAGUAAGAAAUAAUACAGAAAUUAAAUAAUCAAAUGUAAAAAUUAAUCACUGCAUAGUCUUCAGUGUAUUAAUUACAAAUAAAUGAUCAAAGCUACAAAAGUGAUUCAGUCAAAAGCAGUGAGUGAUUCCCUCAUUUCUUUUGUUGUUUGAUUAACAUUAAUAAUGACAGACAGCAGCAGGUUUAUUAUAUCAAGACUAUGUUUACGUGAAUAACCGCAAAGACAGAUAUUUUGAAAUUGUUUAUAUUUGACCGUUUAAGUGCAAAAGAGAUCUAAAUUCAAUAUUGCAUACUGAAAGAGGCAGCUUUCUGUGUGCGUGCUUUGGGUGUUUCGGUCAGUGUGAGUAUUGAGAUCUUUUUCGUGGCUUAUUGCGCUUAACUCUUUUUAACAUCAAGCACAUUCAUUUGUUUUUAUGCACUGAUGCAGAAUUGUUUAAAACAGCAUCUUAAAAACAAUUAUAUUCCACAGCUCUAGUAAUUUGUAGAUUAGUAAUAUAUGAAACUACAUUAUUCUUAAAUGCACUUAUUCACACUGUGACUGCCUGAUCUUCUUUUUUUCCCUACAGGAAGCCUAAAGCGAACACUAGAAGAGGAUGAAGAUUUCGGGAGUAUGCAAGUUACAGCAGCACAAAAUGGAUAGGCUUUACUAAAAAAGUGCUUUAACACAGUGAACUUUUCUUUUUACAUUUUUAUUGGGAUUAAAAAUGUAAAUAUUUGUACAGAGGAUGGGAGGGAGGAUGCUCCUCAUGACCCUUGGAGCUGGGGAAGGUUUGAUAUAUUAUUUUUUUUUUUUUUCCUUUUUGAGCUGUAUGCACUGAAAUUUUUUGCAGUUUUAUAGUAUUUAAAGCAUUUUGCAUUUGCAGCGGGACAGUAUUGCAAUAAUGCACUUUUGAUACUUGAAUUACUGUUACAUUUUUGGACGGAUUUGGGUUGGGAUGAGGGGGUAUCAAAGGAAUGCGACUGUCACUGCCAUAGAAAUGAAAUGGUAGGAUGAAUCAGUCUUUAUGUAGGGAAUGAACAAGGAAAGACACGUUUUGCCAUAGAAUUAACAUCCCACUGCUAAAUAAAAGAUGGCUACUUACA